GUGUGUGUGGGGGGCGGGUAGUGCGGAGCGGCGGCGGAGUGCCGGGGGAUGCGGAGCGGCCGGGCCCCGGGCAGAUGAUGGCGAUACGCGAGCUGAAAGUGUGUCUGCUUGGAGAUACUGGGGUAGGGAAAUCGAGCAUCGUUUGUCGAUUUGUCCAGGACCACUUUGAUCACAACAUUAGUCCUACUAUUGGAGCAUCCUUCAUGACUAAAACUGUGCCUUGUGGGAAUGAGCUUCAUAAAUUUCUAAUCUGGGACACAGCUGGUCAGGAACGGUUUCAUUCCUUGGCUCCAAUGUACUACCGAGGUUCAGCAGCGGCUGUGAUAGUUUACGAUAUCACUAAACAGGAUUCAUUUCAUACUUUGAAGAAAUGGGUGAAGGAACUAAAAGAACAUGGUCCUGAAAACAUUGUAAUGGCUAUCGCUGGAAACAAGUGUGAUCUUUCUGAUAUCAGGGAGGUUCCUAUGAAGGAUGCCAAAGAAUAUGCAGAAUCUAUAGGUGCAAUUGUUGUUGAAACCAGUGCAAAGAACGCUGUUAACAUUGAAGAACUUUUUCAAGGAAUAAGUCGGCAAAUUCCACCUUUAGAUCCUCAUGAAAAUGGUAACAAUGGAGCAAUCAAACUUGGAAAGCAGACUUCACAGACGGGUAGGCGGUGCUGCUGACCCAACUUGAUCUUUUUAGAUUUACUUGAAAAACAGCACCAUUUGCUUUUUCACUGAGAAAGGACUUUGUGAUCUCAGUGACGUGGCUCCUUAUCUUGAAAGCAGUAAUUCCAAUACUUCCCAUGAGCAAUAAUGCAAGGACCAGAAGCAGAAAGCUUUACUUCAAAGGGAUUUUGCAAAACUGAGUUGGAAAAUCCUCUCUAAUAUCCUGUCAAAAUUACAAUGUCAAAGUACUCCGAUUCUCUGUUUAAGCCAGUGACUGUUCUUUUUUUUUUAAUAAAAAGAUCCUUUUAUAUAUAAAUUUUAGAUUUGCUGCAAAAACUCCUCUUCUUACAUUGCAAAGUGGACUUGGCAUGUUUUUAGAGUUUUCUCUCUAAUAAUAGGGUGGAAAAAACCCAUAAAACCUGAAUUUUGGCUUACAGUUUCUUUGCCAUCUUUCUAGCUGGACUCUGCUUCUGUAUUUUUCUAAAUCUGUAGGUUCAUCUCAUACUUUCAGCAAACAUCAGCAAGAAAUGGACUGAAUUUGCUAACCAGAAAAAAAAAAUAGAUCCAAAGGAUGAGCAAGUGCAGUUUUUUACAGGCUAGACGUUAAAAUCUGUGUCAGGAGGUGCUGUGUAUGUGAAAGAAGGAGUCGUCAUGAAGGAGACUGCUGGACCCCACGCAGUUCCUAGUCUGCUCCAGAAAGAAGUGAAGACGCAGCUACUGUGCUUUGCCUGGAUGGAUUCCCUUUCCAGGGUGUAGGCUUCAUUAAUUACUGAAAUUGUAAAAAGAACAUGAAUGCCAGCUUAAUCUCCACUAUUUAUCGAGUUUCCUCCAAAUCUGUGCCUCAGACCAUAGUUGUCUCUGCUCGAAGAUGCAACUUCCCUGGUUUCUUUAAGAGAGUGCCACACUGCCCCGGUCCUUCGUGGACUCAUUGCAGCACUCAAGGAAGUCGUCAAGUUAGAAGAACGAUAUUUCUGUACAAAAACAGCUUAAGAGAGCACAGUAUAAUUUGGGGUUAAAGGCUGGAAUCUAAUAAACCAGGGCGUUUAUUUACAAAUGCAAUUCUGUGAAUUUGUGGAGUGGUCUCCUCACCCACGUGGGGAGGCAGUGUAGAAGACCCACUGCGGGAUACCUUUGAAGCUUGAUGCACUUGAAAGUACAAUGUAGAAAAAAAUAUCCAAUAAGUGGUUAGGAUCUAGAAAAAAUGUAAAACUGUAUGUGUUCUCCACUUCCAUCUUUCAUGAAUGUAUGUGACUGAGAUGAUAAAAUAUGAAUUUCUUCUCUUCAUCAAUUUCAUUGGAAAUGGGAACUAGGGUAAGAAUGCAGGCAUCAAAACCAAAGCCCUGCUCGCAUUCCACAACAUUAAUUUGUUCUCUUAUGAGGAAAAUUAACCUCACUGCGCAUUUGGUGGGAGACUUAUGAAAGGCAAACAAAAGGGAAAAUCAAAUUUCCACAGUAAAUCAUGAACAGACAGGCUAGAGCUGGGUUUCCGUGUUUAAACAUAAAAAACCAGACCUUAUUCAUUGGUUGUGAGAUUGCUUCGAUAAAAUGGCACUAAUUAUUAGGGCUUGAAUCAGAGCCAGAUGAAAUCAAUGGGAACGUUUCUUUGUCUUCAGAGGGCUUGAACUAGUUAUAGGUGGGAAGUGUCCCGCUGGAUUUUAUCUAAGAAUCUAAACUGCAUUGUUUCAUAGAAUCAUAUAAUGGUUUGGGUUGGAAGGCACUUUCAAAGGUCAUCUAGUCCAACUCCCCCUGCUGUGGACAGGAACAUCUUUCACUAGACCAGGUUGCCCAAAGCCCCAUCCAGCCUGGCCUUGAACACUUCCAGGGAGGGGGCAUCAUCCACAACUUCUGUGGGCAACCUCUCCCAGUGCCUCACCACCCUCACAGUAAAGAAUUCCUAAUAUCUAAUCUAAAUCUACCCUCCUUCAGCUUAAGGCCAUUACCCCUUGUCCUGUCACUACACUCCCUGAUAAACAGUCCCUCUCCUGCUUUCCUGUAGGCCCCUUCAGGUACUGGAAGGUGCUAUAAGGUCUCCCCGGAGCCUUCUCUUCUCCAGGCUGAACAACCCCAACCCUCUCAGUGUGUCCUCACAGGAGAGGUGCUCCAGCCCUCUGAUCAUCUUCACGGCCCUCCUCUGGACUCGCUUCAACAGGUCCAUGUCUGUCUUGUACUGGGGAGUCCCUUGAUCUGCUGGUCAUGCUUUUUUUGAUGCAGCCCAGGACACGGUUGGCUUUCUGGGCUGCAAGCGCACGCUGCCGGCUCAUGUUCAGCUUCUCAUCCACCAACACCCCUAAGUCCUUCUUCUCAGGGCUGCUCUCAAUCCAUUCUCUGCCCAACCUGUAGUUGUGCAGGGAUUGCCCUGACCCAUGUGUCAGACCUUGCACUUGGCCUUGUUGAACUUCAUGAGGUUUGCACCUCUCCAGCCUGUCAAGGUCCCUCUGGAUGGCAUCCCUUCCCUCCAGCGUGUCGACCCCACCACACAGCUUGGUGUCGUCGGCAAACUUGCUGAGGGUGCACUCGAUCCCACUGUCCAUGUUGCCGACAAAGAUGUUGAACAGUGCCGGUCCUAGUACCGACCCCUGAGGAACGCCACUUGUCACUGUUCUCCACUUGGACACUGAGCCGUUGACCACAACUCUUUGAGUGCAACCAUCCAGCCAAUUCCUUAUCCACCAAGUGGUCCAUCCACCGAAUCCGUGUCUCUCCGAUUUAGAGACAAGGAUGUUGUCCUGGACAGUGUCAAAUGCCUUGCACAAGUCCAGGUGGAUUAGGUUAGUUGCUCUUCCCUUAUCCACCAACGCUGUAACCCCAUCGUAGAAGGCCACCAAAUUUGUCAGGCACGAUUUGCCCUUAGUGAAGCCAUGUUGGCUGUUAUCAGUCACUUCCUUAUUUUUCAUGUGCCUGAGCAUAUUUUCCAGGAGGACCCACUCCGUGAUUUUGCUGAUCACAAAGGUGAGACUGACCAGCCUGUAGUUCCCUGGAUCUUCCUUUAUUCCCUUUUAAAAAAAACAAUUCACAUAUAAGCCAUUUCUCAGGUAUCUUGGACUCCUUUGAAAGCAAUCAUACUUGAAAAUCCGCCCUUGGAUAAUACACAGAGUCAGACAGCUAUCAUAAGAAAGGAUAUUUUGGGUAAACUUUCAGUUGUCACCUGUGCUGAUAUAUAAUCCAUGUUGCUGCUUCACUGCAGCAACUAUUUUACAGGUAAUCCAGGGUUAUUUAAGUGAAAAUUCAGCAAUCAUCACUAUUAAUAGUUGGGGAGGGAGAGAGGCUCCUUUAGGGAACCCCAUCCUAGCACAAGUGAGUCUGCCAGGGGUGCCUGGUUCUUUCACCUGGCUGUGGAGGGAGAGGUUAACCUGGCCUUCAGCGCUAAAGAAAUAUCAAACUUAGCAACAUCACAGAUUCAUAUAAUUUAUGGGAUCUAUGACUCAAUGCUGCAAGAGAUCUGGUUCUUCCUAAAUAAAACCCAGUAAAAGGCUAGACCUGUUACCAGGAAAACAAGGUGAGAUCAAACCCAUGUUUUUAAAGUGUACUAAAUUUUAGUUCAACAUAUAGUAGUUAUGCAUAACUGAUUUUUAAGCUUUCGUAAAUCUUUGUGGCAUAUUUCCUUUUUUUUGUUUUUUUUUUCUAAUGUGACACCUCAAAA